GCCAGUCUGCUGUGUGUGUGAGUUCGGUGACAUCAACAAGACACGCAGAUCCGUGCUCUCUGGGGGGAUUGACAUUAACUCACACAUAAUCAAGACUCUAGGGACAUCGCACAGCUCUUUUAGACGGCAGUAGGGAAGAGCGUGCCGCUGCUCAGGGAUCUUGUGUAUAUUUACAGCAGUUUUCCAGCAGGUGUUACUGAAGGAUCUAUCACAGACUAUCAGCAGGGUUCAUGAAACUUUGCUACGAUUUGCGAGCUGGGGCUGCCAUACACAAUGUUAAGGUAAAGCCUAAAGCAGCUGUGUUGAACAUGCUAAAGCGGCUGGACAAAAUAAGAUUCCGCGGUCCAAAGCGAGAUGACUUCCUGGAUCUACCCGAGUCCCCCACAGGAUCGGACACAGAAUGUAAUGAUGACAUGCUGCUGAGACCUCGACCUUCAGUACGAGACAAUGACGAGCAAAGAGACCCUGCUGGUUUGGGGACUUUGUCUGUCAUGCAAGACCUGAGGAGUGAAUCGGAGCGUCUCAAUGAGGUCAAGGGUCAUUUGGAAAUUGCCUUACUGGAGAAACACUUCCUACAGGAGGAACUGCGGAAGUUACGAGAAGAAACCAAUGUGGAGACCCUGAAGCAGGAGUUGGAGAGAGAACGCAGCAGAAGAGUUGACCUGGAACAGAAAAUGAGUGAUGUCCUGAAGACCAGGUGUGAAGAUUCUCCACCUCAGCCUCCACGGAAACAGCAGCCACCUGCAGCUAACGGCACAGACAAACAGCAGAAGGAGACAGUGUGUUCGCGGCUGCAGAGUUGGCUCUAUGAACGCUUUGGGGUUUAUAUAGAGGAUUUUCGCUUCCAGCCUGAGGAGAACACGGUUGAGGCUGAGGAGCCACUAAGUGCUAAAAGAUUAACAGAAAAUAUGCGACGACUUAAACGGGGUGCCAGACCGGUGACAAAUUUCUUACGGAAUCUUUCCGCCUUAUCCAACUGGCACUCAGUAUAUACAUCAGCGAUUGCCUUCAUUAUUUAUAUGAAUGCAGCAUGGCAUGGCUGGGCUAUUCCUUUGUUUCUAUUCUUAGCCAUUCUGAGGUUGUCAUUGAACUACCUCAUAGCCAGAGGAUGGAGAAUUCAGUGGAGUAUUGUGCCUGAAGUUUCUGAACCUGUGGAACCUCCCAAGGAAGACUUAACUGUGUCUGAAAAGUUUCAGUUAGUUCUCGAUGUUGCACAAAAAGCACAGAAUCUUUUUGGUAAGAUGGCAGAUGUUUUGGAGAAAAUCAAAAAUUUGUUCAUGUGGGUUCAGCCUGAGAUCACUCAGAAAUUGUACAUCGCUCUGUGGGUGGCCUUCAUCUCCUCUUGUGUCCUGCCCUACAAGCUGAUGGGCUUCAUGAUCGGGCUUUAUGCGGGCAUCAAGUUCUUUAUUAUAGACUUCCUGUUUAAGAGCUGCCCAAAACUCCGAGAUAAAUAUGACACUCCAUAUAUCAUGUGGAACAACCUGCCCACCGACCCUCAACUGAAAGAACGUAGCAAUGCCACAGUGUCACGACGGCUGUCUGGGUGUGAGAAGAUCCAGCCGGUGGUAUCACGGAGUAGUUUAGCUACCAUCCCGGCCGGGGUGACCCGAGAGGAAGAGAGUGGUCGCUCACACAGCACAAAGAAAGGAGCAUUCCAUGAGAUCUUCAACUUACCCGAAAAUGAGAGACCUCUGCCUGUGUGUGAGAAUGGAUGGAGAUGCUGUCUGAUAAACAGAGACAGGAAGAUGCCAACUGACUACAUACGUAAUGGGAUGCUCUACGUCACUGAAAACUACCUGUGUUUUGAGAGUUCCAGCUCAAGAUCAGGGUCUUCAAAGAAGAACAAAGUCAUCAAACUGGUGGACAUCACAGAUAUCCAGAAGUAUAAAGUUUUAUCAGUUCUCCCUGGGUCUGGAAUGGGCAUUUCUAUUGCCACCCCGUCAACGCAGAAGCCACUGGUCUUUGGUGCCAUGAUACACAGAGACGAGGCCUUUGAGACGAUCUUUACCCAGUACAUGAAGAUCAUGACCACAGCCAACCCUGAGACGUAACUCGCCCUUUAUCCUUCUGGAGGAUAUCUCAUUUGGAAAAAGACAAGACCAGUGUUUCCUGUCUGGUUAACUUUAACAGACCGUAAUUUGGGCAGGAGAUUCAGCGAGCUGACAUUCCAGCGAGGGUUCUGCAUCUCAAAGCAGAGACUUUACCAACCUUAGGGAUGCGGGCGGCUUCUCAUCAUGUGACUGUGACCUUUUUGGCUUUUUAAAAAUGAGCACACUGAUCAGUGUACAGACUUGUGUUUUGUACUCGUCUCUCGGUGAUUCAGAUUUCAUGUCUGCUUUUAGCCUGGAAGACGUUACAGGGAGGUUUUGUUAAGAAAGCCAAUCACACAGGAUGGUCUUUAACACUUUAAACACUGAAUUAAAAGUCUUAAUCAGUAUUUUUGUUUUAAAAAAGCCAAUUGACCACAAUUUGUUAGGUAAAACCAAAUCAAAAAACUAAUUUAAGAUAUGCUUUUCUGAAACAAAGUAUUUUCCUUCUCAAUUAAAUUUGUUUUUAAACAAAAUUUUGAUAUUUUAUACGGAAAUACAAGACAAAAAUACUGAUUAAUAUAAAAAAGUAAUUUUGCAGUAAUUUUAUUAUAAGGUGUGUUUGCACUUACAGUGGUUUGCAGCAAAAAAAUGACAAAGUUAUUAUUUUUUUUUAAACCAGACUUCAGCAAUUUGAGGAAACAUAAAAGUAUAGUUCGUUUUGUGCACAGUUUUUGAUCUUGACCUUCUCAGCUCAAAUUUAUUUUACGCUAGUGGUCAGCAGGUCAGUUAUAAAAUUGCCAGGAAUUGAAAACUUUUAUUGAAAAUGAAUGCAAAUGAACUUUGUCACUGCAAAUCACUAUCAGUGCAAAUGACCUUUAAGACUGAUAAACAAAGCCUUGUUUUUUCUUUACAUUUGUUUACAUUGUUGUGUGCGCAAAACACACACACAAACUCACUUAAAUCUCACCUCUCAGCAAAGUGUGCUUCAUGUCUUUUUAGCAGAACACCUUCCCAAAGUUAACUUUGGGAAAGUGUAGUUUUAAAUGGUUUAAAAUGCCUUUCUUUUAAAUUGUAAUGUCAUGAUGUUGUAGCAGUCAGUGGAAUCAUUGAUAUGAAAUCACUAGAUAUGAAGGGUGUUGAUUUGGUCGCACUUUAUUUUGCAGUAGUACACUUAACUGUGUACUUACACAAGCAAGUACUGAGUAAUAGUAUAAGGUAACUACUUGGACUUAAUAUGGGUUAAAUUUAGGUUUAGGGUUAGCUGUAUAAUUAAUACUAAGUAUGUAGUACAUACAUAAAGAACAAGACUGUAAAAUAAAGUGCUACUGAACAUUUUUUACCAAGUAUUUCACGUAUGUCUGUCUUAAAGAUGAAUUACUUGUUAAUGUUUUGUCACUUUAAACUGUUACUAAAUGAAGUUAAAUUCAGUACAGAAAAGUCUUAGAACAUUUUAUGUUCACAAAAGCGACUCUAAACUCAUCUUGACGACAAUCUUAUUCUACGCUUAAAGGAACACGCCACUAUUUUUGAAAAUAGGCUCGUUUUCCAACUCCCCUAGAGUUAAACAGUUGAGUUUUACCUUUUUGGAAUCCAUUCAGCCGAUCUCUGGGUCUGGCGGAAGCACUUUUAGCACAGCUUAGCAUAGAUCAUUGAAUCUGAUUAGACCGUUAGCAUCUCGCUCAAAAAUGACCAAAGAGUUUUGAUAUUUUUCCUUUUUAAAACUUGACACUUCUGUACUAGAAGUCUAAGACAGACGGAAAAUGAAAAGCUGCGAUUUUCUAGACUGAUAUGGCUAGGAACUAUACUCUCAUUCCGGCGUAAUAAUGAAGGAACUUUGCUGCCGUACCAUGGGUGCAGCAGGCGUAAUGAUAUUACGCAGUGUCUGAAAAUAGUCUCCCUGUGCUAGCGGGUGGUCACUUUGGUUAUGUUGACGGAAGUUAGCCUUUGCUAGCAGCAAAGUUCCUUCCCACAUAGCCCCCGUACGUCUGCAAGAUGUCUGUUAAAGAUCUCUUGAUCUGGAAAGCAUCUGCUGUGUACAAACGUCUGGCAGACAUCUGUAAGAUGUCAGUUUUACAUACAUUUUAAAUAAUAAACAUCUUAAAGACAUCUAAAAGAUGUCUAUUUAAAUGCAGACGUCAAAUAGACGUCUCCGAGAUGUACGUGUGCUAUCAGCGUUUAUUAUUACGCCAGAAUGAGAGUACAGUUCCUAGCCAUAUCGCCUUAGAAAAUCGCAACUUUUCUUUUUCCGUCGGUUUUAGUAUGCAAUGUAACUACAGAAGAGUUGAAUUUUAAAUAGUAAAAAUAUCAAAACUCUUUGGUCAUUUUUUAGCGAUGUGCUAACGGUCUAAUCAGAUUCAAUGAUCUAUGCUAAGCUAUGAUAAAAGUGCUACCUCCAGAGAUCGGCUGAAUGGAUUUGAAAACCGUAAAACUCAACUGUUUAACUCUAGGGGGAGUUGGAAAAUAAGCCUAUUUUCAAAAAUAGUGCGUGUUCCUUUAACAAUUUUUGGGGUGAAUCUCACUGAGAAAUAUCCAGAUCAUAUUUUACUCCAAAAUCAAAAGAAUGCUAAGAGACUUAUUAUGUACUUUAUUUUUUAUUGUAAAUGAGAUUUUUUCCACAUUACGGUAAUGAGAAUUUAGGAUAAUAAAAGUAAUGUUUUUUUUUUUAAAAAAAAAGCAAAGAGGUUAAAGGCAAAAUAUGACUUGAAAAUAUUUCAGUUUUUGUGAGAUUCACCCUUUGCGCUCAUCUUGAACCAGACACCAUUAACUACAAUAUUUGAUUGCUUUUGGUUUAAUUAACAUUAGGGGGAAAAUGGUUGACCUUCAGCUAUAAUUAUUUCAGAACAGCUAUUGUAUGAAAUAUUGAUAACCAUCCUUUGGCACAACAAGUCAACAAGACAUCUCCUUGAUGGAUGUAGUGGUAAAUGCCAUACAAUGGCAAUAGCCUCUAAUUUUGCAAUUUACCAUAACAAGUUCCAUUUUUGAAUAUAAGAGAAAUCUAAAUGAAUGAAUUGUAUAAUUGUAUUUAUAGUGGGCCGCACUUUUCGGUCGUCUACCCGCAACAGAAGAGCUUUUUUGCACAGACACACUAUAACAUUAAGAGGUCAUUUAAAUAAGUAGCUGAAAAUUAAUGUUCAGGGCCACAUCUAAGACAUUCCAAAGAUCACCAUUUUAUGAGAAAAUACUGUUCAUACUUUGUCUUCCCAUACAUCUGUUAGUUUACUCAAACACAUGAGGGACUGUUGAAUGUUGCUCAGCUCCCAAAGAUGAAUCAGUGUAUUUUACCAAAGGCCCUUUAGAGCUUUUGGAAGUCUCCCGCAUGAUGGCUGUUGUGUUGGAUUGCACUAAUGAAGCACAGAAUGAAUCGGGUAACUAAUAGUUUUGCCAAAUGUUGUUUCUUUAACUACUCUUCUUUAACAUUGUCUGUCUUAAACUGAUGUUUACACAGGCUGGGUCUAAAUCCAGUCCAGACCAGUUUGAUCCCUGCUAACCGGCCCAGCCCAGGGGUGUGAAAACUGGAACAAUAUCAUUUUUGUCUUUUUUUUUUUUCUCAUCUUCUUACGGUUUUGGGUACAAAUGCUUUUAGAAAAUGUAUCAGAACGUAGAAACUGAUUAUGAGUAAAUUAAUACAGUACAUGCCCAGGUCAUAUUUCAUUCAAAUGUGAAAGAAAAUGGAAUAGACAUUACAUUUUGCAGCUUUUGAAUUAUUUAUACGUCAUGGUAAUAUUGUACUGCCUUAAAUUUAUGCAAAUUUUAGUGUGUUUUUUUUGUUCUUUUCUUUUCCUUUUUGCACUAGGUAGUGAGAAUUUUGGGGAUACUUAAUUGAAUAAUUUCACAAUGAAAAAAAAAAAUCACUUGCUUGAUCCUAAUUUCUUUCCUUUUUUUAAUUUAGUGGUGGAAUAUGACGCUUGUUCAUGAGGUUCAUACACACAAUAUACAUUUUAAAAGCAACACGCUGUGUUGGGCUGUUUAACUAAGCAUCAAAUGUCAUUGUGUAUCUGGAGGUGCUCAAGUUGGCAGUAGUUGAUAAAGUAUUUGUUAACUGUGUAAAUGUUUGCUAUUUUCACAAUAUUUUCGCUGCAAAAUAACAUUUACAGAGCUCAUCUGACAGAUGUGAAUUAUUGUUAUUAUUUGUUAUGUGUUUUUUCUGGCUGUCUGAAGACAAAUGACUAAAAAGGAAUUUAUAUACAAAAGUAGAGUAAUAUAAGAAAUGUUCUGUUCUGAUUUGAAUAGAACAAUGUAUAUUGUUAAAUCAUAAUGUGUUGUACACCUUUUUUAAUUUAAGUAAAUUAAUUAAUUGUA